AUGGCUGCUGCUGGCGUCUCUGCCCUCAGCCUCCUGCUGCUGGUGAUGGGCAGAGCUGAUGGAAACGGAAUCCAAGGUUUCUUUUACCCAUGGAGCUGCGAAGGGGACAUGUGGGACAGGGAAGCGUGUGGGGGCCAGGCGGCCAUCGAGAACCCCAACCUGUGCCUUCGGCUGCGAUGCUGUUAUCAGGAAGGGAUCUGUUACCACCAGAGGCCUGACGAGAACAUGCGGAAGAAACACCUCUGGACCCUGAGUUUAACAUGUACCGGCCUUGUCAUGCUCAUCUUUCUCAUCUGCUUCUUCUGGUGGGCCAAACGCCGGGGCCUAUGCAAGAAUUUGAAGAUUCCAGGCCACCUCAGCAACAUAAAGAAACCGAACUUCUCCGGGAAAUUCUCCAAUAUCUCCUCUAAUGCCUUUUCCUUCAAGAAGAAGGAGAAGUCUCCUCUCCUAGCAGCAGAUGAAGGCGGCCCUCAGCAGGCUGGCGACGAUGCCACAGAAGGCAAGGAGGAUACCCAGGCAGAACAGGAAGAAGAUGAAGAAGGGGAUGAGGAUGAUGAAGAAUAG